GUCUCCUCCUUCCCCGAUCCCUGAGAUUCCAUAACGUCCAAAACUUCCCUUCUUCGCGGGCAAUACUGAAUUGGAAGCUGAGCUAUAGUCGCCGGAAUCUGUGAAGUUCGUCGCAAGAACGAAAUGGGUGGGACACAACCGGAGAGGGAAGAGAAGGUCUCGUUGGAACUAACUGAGGAGAUUAUUCAAAGCAUGGAAGUUGGCAUGGCGUUUAGAGAUUAUAAUGGUAGAAUUAGUUCUAUGGAUUUCCACAAGACAUCUAGUUAUCUGGUAACUGCUAGUGACGAUGAAUCCAUCCGCCUCUAUGAUGUUUCCACUGCUACAUGUUUGAAGACAAUUAAUAGCAAAAAAUAUGGAGUUGAUCUUGUCUGCUUUACAUCUCAUCCUACAACAGUCAUAUACUCUUCAAAAAAUGGUUGGGAUGAAUCUCUAAGGCUUCUGUCCUUGCAUGACAACAAGUACUUACGGUAUUUCAAAGGUCACCAUGACAGGGUUGUUUCUCUUAGCUUGUGCUCUCGUAAUGAUUGCUUUAUUUCUGGCUCACUGGAUCGAACAGUUUUGCUUUGGGACCAACGAGCUGAGAGGUGUCAGGGACUUUUACGUGUACAAGGAAGGCCUGCCACAGCAUAUGAUGACCAAGGACUAGUUUUUACAAUUGCAUUCGGAGGAUUCGUUAGAAUGUUUGAUGCUCGGAAGUAUGAAAAGGGCCCUUUUGAAAUAUUUUCUGUUGGGGGAGAUGCAUCUGAUGCAAAUGUCAUAAAAUUCAGCAAUGAUGGGAGACUUAUGCUUUUAACAACAAUGGAUGGACACAUUCAUGUUCUUGACUCAUUCCGUGGCACAAUACUAUCCACAUAUAAUGUGAAGCCAGUUUCAAGCAAUUCAACAUUAGAGGCAUCUUUCAGCCCUGAGGGGAUGUUUGUUGUAUCUGGUUCAGGUGAUGGUAGUGUUCAUGCUUGGAGUGUACGAAGUGGGAAAGAGGUUGCACAUUGGAUGAGCUUUGAAACUGUUACAAGUUGGAUGAGUACUGAAGUUGAGCCCCCAGUGGUAAGGUGGGCUCCUGGAAGUCUCAUGUUUGUGAAAGGAUCUUCUGAGCUGGCCUUCUAUAUUCCAGACUUAUCGAAAUUGGGAGCUUACGCCGGAAGGAAGUAGCGCUGCUAUUGUCGACGUUACUACGUUUUCACCAGAGUCAUGAGUUGUGGGUUGAGCAAAGCAUUCUCUUCCAGGCAUGUUUCUUUUGAUUGAGAAGCUUUACAAUGUUGAAUUACGCAAUCCGCACAUCUUUCACAGUGUAUCAUAGAACUGGUAGGAGGCAUUGUAACUUUACACUCCUCUCUAAGUUCAGUUAUUCAAGGGUAGCUUUCUUAUUAAA